AUCUCUGAAACCUGCAUGCUUUUCAAAUAUAGGAACGUUCAAUUUAAGGACAUCUUGAACGCUGGAAGGUGGGACCGUUUUACUGCUAGCAUCCAAGCGGUACUCUCGCAAGAGGUGGAAAAUCCAGUUUCAGAAAUGAAGUCUUCCACAGCAUUUCGUUCCGAUCGCUCGGAUUUGCCAAUUUGCACAAUUUUUAAGCCAGGAGGUCAGAAAUACGUUCUCACAAUGUCUGAUGGGGAAUAUGAUUACCUCAUAAAGCUCCUGGCUCUUGGGGACUCUGGAGUGGGCAAGACCAGCUUCCUUUAUCAGUAUACAGAUGGCAAGUUCAACUCCAAAUUCAUCACAACAGUUGGAAUAGACUUCAGAGAGAAAAGAGUGAUGUACAAAUCCAGCAGUCCGGAUGGGAAUUCCGCAAAAGGACGGAAGAUUCACCUCCAGCUGUGGGACACAGCAGGGCAGGAGAGGUUUCGGAGUUUGACGACUGCCUUCUUUCGAGACGCCAUGGGUUUCCUCCUCCUGUUCGACCUCACGAAUGAACAGACUUUCCUCAAUGUCAGAAACUGGAUGAGUCAGUUACAGAUGCAUGCCUACUGUGAAAGCCCAGAUAUUGUGUUGUGUGGUAACAAGUCUGACCUGGAAGGCCAAAGGGAGGUGAAGGAAGAGGAAGCGCUGGAACUAGCAGAGAAAUUUGGAGUUCCAUACUUUGAGACGAGCGCUGCCAGCGGACACAACGUGAGCCAGGUUGUGGAGGUUCUGCUGGACCUCAUCAUGAAGCGGAUGGAGCGAUGCGUGGACAAGUCCUGGAUCCCGGACGGCACGGUGCGGUCCAAUGGGCACAGUGGCACGGAGCGAAUCACAGAGGAGCAGAACCAGGACCAGGGGAAGUGUGGCUGUUAGAGCCAGGACUGUAGCUCUCCCCUGUUUCUCAAUGGGGAAGGGGAUGAGGAGCGUUCUUAUUUGAUUUCGGAAGUAGGGGAUUUGGGGCCGAUGACCCAUUUGCCAAAAGUUGCAUGUUUUUUUUUUUUUUUUUUAAAGGCCAAGAAAAUUACGAUUUGCGUCAAGUAAUGUAUUCACUUUCCUUGUUACUACACAAUAUAUAUUGCCCCAGGGUAUUUAUCGUCACUUUGUGAAAUCUUCUGCUUACUUGAUAUUACUGUGGCUAUCCACUAAGGUUUUACUUGUUCGUGCCAAUUAAUUCUGUACACACAAUUGUAGCAUAUGGUAAAUGACAGGAUGCCUAUAAAAACUUUCUAUUGAAAUUUUAUGCACAGUUUAGAAAGCAGUACCCCAAUGUGGAACACAUCUGUGGUUAAGGAGGCAAGUCGUGCACAUGACAGUGCUGUUAUAGUGUGGCAAUUUUGUGCACUGUCCUUAUGUCAACAGGUAACCAGAGUAACCUUUAUUACAUGCUGUGUGCAGUUGGCUUGGCAAAAAUGCACAUUUAUAUAAAAUGGUAGUGCAGUCUGAACAUUUUUAUUGCAUGAAUGCAUUGAAAUAAAGGAGUCGCUCAAUCAGUUGUGAAAAUCAGUAUCUACAAUUUAAUGAAGAUUGAAUUGCUUAGUUUCUGUACUGAAUUUCAGCACAAUGUUCCAGAAUUUUCUACCAUGUGCCUAAAAUCUACUGUAUUGUUUCUAACACUGUAUGCAAGGCAAAAUAUUCUCGAUGCCAAAUAUAACAUUGAACUAAUAUUUUUAUCUUGAAAAACAUUUAAUUAUUUAUUUGAAUAAAUACUGUAAAAUUAGUUUUCACAUCCAGUUCUUACUUAACCCUGCUACAGCUAAAGGCCUGACCCCAACAUCAAUUUUAAAUUUGUGUGACUGCAAAUGAAAUCCACAUGAUGAAUGCACCAGUAUCUGUUAUUAAAUUGGGCACAAGGCGAUAGUUAUAGCGAUAUUUGCACUUGAAGGCCAGAAAUAUAAUAACAAUCUUAAAUACAUUACAACCACACAAGCAUCUCUUUGUCUCUAUUUAUGCAUUUUUAAUGUAUGCAUGAAUUGUGUUAUAGAAAUAUUUGCUGUGUACUUCUUUUUUUUGUCACAUUAUCAUCACUGUUGCCAGUGACCAAGCAAAGAGAACAAGUAAAUCAAGCAUUGAACUAAGAAAGGGUUUUUCAUAAAAGACACAUUGUUAUACAUUAACUUCGUAAAUCACAUGUUAAUCUUUAGUCGCAUCUAGCAUAAAAGCCAUCUUGAUAACUCUUUGUAAGUGUUAUUUGUUUUUAGAAAUGUAUCCAUACAUGAAUCAAGCAGAUCAGGUUUAGCAUGCUUUAGCAAGUUUAGAAAACUCUCCUUGUCAUAUCACUGUUUUACACUAGGUGAGGUAAUUCACUGUUUUGCGUCAGCACAUUUGACACUUUUUUUGAUCACAUUUGUAAUGUUCUUUUUUUCCUCUUCAUAUGUAUGUAGAAUUUGCAUUCAAUGUUCAGAAUAUAAAGACAGUUUGUGCCAAAUGAAAUAUAUUGCAUAAUGAUAUUAUAUUAUAUAUAUUUUAAUUUCCUAUUGUACAGGCAUAUUUCAUGGGCCACUCCACCACUCAACAGAUGGGUUACUAUACAUGGGAUAUACCCAGGAUUUUGUACUACAAAUAUAUUUUUGCAUUAAACACUUAUUUCCUGAAACUUACUGUAAUGACUGUGUCACAUUCUCUUGAUAUUUUUGAAUACAAUAAAACCUUUACUAUAUGGCCACUGGAUUGUAUUUUCCUGGAUAAUUCCAAAGAAAGGUUAUCUUGGGCAACAAUUGUUUAAAUGGUGAAUAAGCUGCAAUAAACUGCUCUUUCAAAUAA